UGAAGUGUUGGACGCAGACGUCAGCUGAGAGCAGACGACACGUCAUGACCAGAACAUUACGUCAUCGCGAACCCAAACAAGACCAGCAUGAGGAGGACCUGUGCUUAGUGUUUUCGAGAUAGAGUAACGUAAAGAUGUCUAAGGAUCUACAGAGCAACCCCUUUGCUGCGCUGUUCAGCACUUUAAAAGAGGCCGAGCAGUUUCAGGCAGAACACCAGAAGCAGCAUGAUGAUGAGGACAAUGAUUCACAAUCUAUGCUUCAGCAGUCUGGAGAAAGAGAAGAGCCUCCAAGAACCAGUCCAGUUGAUGGUGAUGCUGUAACAUCCUUCCUGGAGAGUCUCCUCCUAGUUACAACGAGGGAAGGACCCCACUCCCGUCCUCUUGUACUACUGCCUGAUGCUGGAAACUUAGACACAGAAUCCCUCCAGUUUGUCAUGUUUGAGAGACUUCUGAUGGAGUCCCCAGAUGCCUGCUUAGUUGGCGAUGGCAACAGAGGGAGGGAAGAGGCUGUGAGGUCUGAAGUUGUGGUAUAUCUUUGUGAGGUAUACUAUAGGUGCUGGGCAGUCCGUAGUAGUCCACACUUCCAUUUGGCUCAACAGGUACAAGCUGCAGUUAUUACAAACCUGGCCACAGCCUUAGAACAGCCAGAGUUGUAUGGAGGACAGCAGCCUGAUCGCCAAUUAAUUGAUAUCCUGAUGAGAGGCUUGGGUCAAGAGGCCGCUGUCGAGGACCUAACUCAGAAACUCCUCAAUCACCUUGCUGAUCAGGGAACUCCUGUGCCUCCAUUGUUUGAUGAGGUUAUAGUUAAUAUCACAAAAAAACUAAUGCAUUGUUCACUCAUGACAGUUGACUAUCAGCUUGUGGAUGUUUUGGACUUUUAUGCAUCAUGUCCUCACAUAGCAGAAAUUCUCACAAAAACCCCAGACAAAGUAACACAAGACCGUUCUGGCCGAGGAUAUCAAAACACACCCCUAGGGGUUCCCCUGUCUAUAUCCUGCCUCCCCAAGCAUCCUGCUGGACAGUUUGAAUUUUUUGAGAAGCCAUCCUCACAACCCAACCACACCCACAAAGACACGGAAAACAGCAUAUGGAUAGCACAGAACACAAUUAAUGCCAGGAUUCAUAAGAUAUUCUAUUCCCUUUUGAAGGUAUCACCCAAAGCAAAAGAUGGACUCUUAACCUGGGUAGAGUCAUGCUUGGAAUCAAACAGUGGUCGUGCUGGAUUAUGGCACGUACAAGGAGGAAACCCUUUAGCAGCUGCUGUGUAUGUGUCUGAUGGCUUCAUGGUCAAUUUGGGAGUGGUGAUGCUGCAGUUAGCACAGCCAUUCACUCAAGACCUCAAUACUGCAAAGUUUUUAAAGAUUGACCCAACCUACUGUGCAGCCCCAAGAAUGAAUAGUGAGAAUGGUGUAGUAGGUGCAUACACUGGAGAUUUAGGGCGACAGACCACCCUGAUCCCGCAGCAAGAAGACAAGCCACCCUUAUACCCUAAGCAAUAUUCCUUCAUCAGUUCUUGCUUCUUCCUAACUCAUCGAGCUCUUCACCUUGGGGUUCAGGUGGUGCAACAGAAGCUCAAUAAGCUCUCUCAGGAACUAGGACGGAUGCAGCAUGAGUUGCAAGAAGCUUCAGCUCAAGGUUCACCAGCUACAGAGAUGAUGCGCUCUCACAUGGAAACACGCACCACAAAUCUCCUUUCAUUUAAGGCAGCAAUAGUUGAGCCUGUAAUGGUAGAAAAUUUAUUACAGUUCUUAGCAGCCUCUGCAGAAUGGCUGGUACAAAUUGCCCUUACCCCACAAGAUCAACCUACUCUACCUACCAGCUUAAGAGAAGUAAAAGCUCCACUGCCAGAGGAAGUGGAAAACCAUGCCUAUCUUGCUUGUAUUCCAGAAUUUUUGGUUGAGACGCUGACAGAGACAAUCAGUGCUGUGAGACGGUAUAGUGCCCAAGUUUUUGAGAGUAGCACUGGUACUCAAGUGCUGCCACAUCUAAUGUCUUUCAUAAUUGUCUUCAUGGGUUCCCCGCAUCGCAUGAACAAUCCACAUUUGCGUGCACAUUUGGCAGAGUGUUUGGAGACACUUUUACCAGAGAGUACAAACACUGGAGGACUGUUGGCUGGUUACAGAGAACAGCUAUUUACAGCCCACCCAGCCGUCUCACAUCUUGUAACAGCUCUCAUACAUGUGUUUGUUAGUAUUGAAAUGACAGGACAAAGUGUCUCAUUUGAAGACAAAUUUAACUACAGAAGACCUAUGUACGAGGUCAUGAAGUACCUUUGGGAAUCCCCCAAACACCGAAAGAGCUUCACUCACUUGGCAGAUGAAGCCCUUGCCAACAUGGAAGCAGCCAAGCCACCCCUUUUCUUACGUUUUGUUAACUUGUUAAUGAACGAUGCCAUCUUCUUAUUGGAUGAAGGGAUGUCUUACAUGUCGCAGCUGAGAGAGAGUCAGAUGGAAAGAGACAAAGGUGACUGGGCAUCCCUCCCUACAGAGCAACGUGCAGAGCGUGAACGCAGCAUGCAGCACAUGAUGCUGCUUGCUCGCUUCCACAACAUGUUAGGCGGUCACACUAUAAAAACUCUGAUCAGGCUCACCAGAGAGAUUCCCCAAAUGUUCACCCAUUCCACUUUAGUUGACCGUAUGGCAGCUAUGCUUAACUAUUUUCUAUCCACUCUUGUUGGGCCCAAGCAAAGAAAUCUAAAGGUCCGUGAUAUGGAGAAAUAUGAGUUCCGCCCAGGAGAGAUAGUCACAGACAUUUGUACUAUUUAUACACAUCUGUAUUCAGAUGCAGCAUUUUGUUUAGCUGUAUCUGCUGAUGGAAGGUCAUAUUCACCAAAGUUAUUCUCUCAAGCACAGGAUGUGUUAUGUCGCAUUGGUCGUAGGGGUCUAGCUGAGGAGCUACAGACUGUGGCAGAGAAGGUAGAAGAGGCUGGACAAGUACAGGCAGAAGAGGACGACAUAGUGGCUGAUGCUCCAGAAGAAUUCCUAGACCCUAUCAUGUCUCAUCUCAUGACUGACCCUGUCAUCCUUCCAUCAUCAAAGCUAACCUGUGAUCGCCAGACCAUUGCUCGACAUCUGCUUUCUGACCAAACGGAUCCUUUUAAUAGACAACCUCUGACCAUGGAAGAAGUUCAGCCAAACACUGAACUUAAAAACAGAAUUGUUACUUGGCUUGAAGAAAUGCGAUCCAAGAGGAGAAAUAUUCAGAAGGAAAAGGAAUCCAAAGAAUCUUGAAAUACAAAGAGAGAUUAGUGGACUUUGCAGAUCGAACAGAUUUUAAAAUACAAGGUAGAUACAAGGGUACCUGAUUAUGCAAAUUACGUUAUAAAUUUCAGCAGAACUUUUUAUAUGCAGUAAUUCUGAAUGCAUUGCAAGAUCUGAGAAUCAUUGUUCAGCAGGCCCCCCCCAAAAUUAUGAACAUUACAGUAAAUUUUAACGUAUGAUACAAAUUGGUACCUCUACCUGCAAUGUCAAAUACAAGUACCAGUGUAAUAAAAAAUAAUGCUAUUUUAUUAUGUGCAACAAAAUUCUUUACAGUAAUAAGAAAAAGGAGAGCUGAGUGUAUAUUAAGGACAAUUGCAGGAUGUAACUAUUAGAUAAACAAUGAAAAUAUCAUAGAAAAAAGGAAAUAAAAUCUUCUCAUUAAAUUUUUUUUUCAGUCAUUUGUAUAUACAUGUGUGCAUAUGCAUUUUUUGUUUCUUCUGUAUUUAAGUUUGAAAAGUUUGUUGUAUAUUACUCAUAUGAAAGUAUAGUGGUAUGACCCUGCAUUUUGUACUUCUACAAAUGAAGAAUUCUGUUGGUUUUCAUAUUGGAAACUAACCUGCAUAUUUGACAAUAUAUUACAAUCCCUGUUAUCCACAUUUUUCUUGCAAAAGUGCACAAGCAAACAUUGUUUUGUCAUAAUGCUUUAUUUUGGCUUUAAAGGUAAUGAAAGUGUUUGAUUUGAGAUGCAUUGCAUUCAGAUUGAUGUCUUUCCUUGUAGGUGAAACAUUGGCAAAUUACUAUGAUAUUUGAGAGCAAAACUGUAUUUUGUGAAUGAAAGAGACUAUGCAAAUUACAUUAAAUACUAUUUACUAUUUAGAUGAUAAAAAUUGUGUUUCAUAGUCCAGAAAAGUUAUUAUGUAACAGAAUUUAAUUUUUUUGUAAAUAAACUGCAGAAAAGUAAUAUACUGCAGUAAUGACUUAAUGUACCUUUUGCUUUUGGUAUUUAGGUAUUAGUGUGGCAUGAAUUCAUAAGAAUUGGGUACCAGUUGUCUUUGGUAUGAGCUUUAUUGUACUUGGAUUCACUGGAAUUCUGAUUAAAUUUAUUGUUAUAUAUGGUAAUAAAAAUGCCAAGAGUUAUGUAAGCUGAAUUAUAUUUAAAAGUAUGGUAAUAAAGCAUCCACUAUUCCUUUCACAACACUAACAGCCACAUUCAAAGUUGCACACUCCACUUCCAUACUAGACAUAGGCCCAUAGUGCAGAUGUGGCUUGCAUCCAGUAAGUCGACAAUGAAGGGGCUGCCAGUUUUGAAAAAAGUGCACUUUUGUUGACAUUUGGUUAUUCAUGGAUAGUUAGGCAGUUAAUAUUAGUUUCCAAAUGAAUACAUCUUACAGACUGUCAAAAACAGCACUUCCCCCAAUACAUGUACCAAGUUAAAAUCUUUAAAUACAAUACUCCAGUUCAAACUGAAAGAUUCCCUGAUAUAAUUCAAAGGAAUUCAUUACAAAUUCAUAGCUGGAAAUAAUCCUAGUGGCCAAAGCUUUUUGUGAAAUUAUUCAUUAAAACUUAACCCAUUGGUGUUGGGUACAUGUCCACUAGUGUUUGUUUUGGGAAAUUUGUGUGCACAGAUGACUCCCCAAGUGCUCUGCCAACAAGGAGUAUCUCAGUAAGACCUACUUGAUUACCCAUUCUUUGAAUUCUUAAGUUUUUUUUUCUUAUGUUAUAUCAUUGAUGUUAUGAUUAUUAUGGGGUUUUCAACAGUUCUGUUAGCACUAGAAUUUAAAAAGAAUCUCAUAAUCAAAGCAGAGGAUAAACAUGUGAAAUAGGACUAGUAACUUAAAUAAAACUAAAAUCAUAGUGGACAUGGCAUGUAUGGACAUGCCACUUCAGCAUCAAUGGGUCAACCAUUCAUUGGAGUAAUUUACUAGAAAUCUGUGUUUGCAGUCGAGUCUUCAAAACUCAACUCCAUGAAUAUUUAUUCUCUUAGGAUAUUGCAAAUUAUAAUAGGAAAAUACAGAAUACACUAAAUGACAGACUUAACAUGGAUUUUUGGAUUAUGUUACUGUUAUGUAUUUUGAUUCAAUGAACUUAUAUUAGGUAAUCACUUGUAAUACACAUUAUCAGUAAUAUCAUGACGUAGAUAACAGUGUGGGAGUGCUUUGAGGUUCAUGUGUGCAACGUUGAAUAUGGAUAUUAAAACUCUAUUUGAGAAAGUUUCCAUGAAAUACAUACAUGUAUUUACAUCCUUUUCAGUAUUUUUCUUUGUUUUCUGUAAAAUUGUUGACUACUGUCAAACAUUUUCUUAUUAAUCAGUGAAAAGAACAUACAUACUAUUUGAAUGCAAGAGCUUAGUGCAUAAUUUAGGUGAAUGUUAAUUAACUUCAUAUGACACUAAUAUAAAGCAUUAGUUUAUGUGGAUAGGGGAGGUUAUAUGUAAAAUUAAAUUCUUUUUAAUUUAAUGAAUUUCAGUGAUUUAUUUUCUAGAUAUUAGGGAGUGUAUUAAGGUUGAGUGUGAAGGGCAUAUAAUGUUUAUAUUUACUGGAUGUCUCAAUGUUAUUAAAAGUGCAUGUUUUUUAUGUCUAGAAACCAAAGUAUUGAACUUUAUUGUAACUCAGUCAUCAUAGAGUGUGGGUCAGGUGUCUAGGGAUUAAAUUGAAACAGAUUGGUGGUAUAACAAUACAAUGAAGAGAUACAAGAAUUGAUCAUACAAAUUAUGUCUCUAUUGAGUUUGAGUCAAGAUAUAAAUGAAACUCUUUGAUUGGUUAUUGUUGACAAACUAUAUACUUGGUAUGUUGAACUGGCAGUAGGCAAUACUUGAUAAAUGGACACAUUUAUAUGAAAUUAUUGUUUCUAA